CCAGUCAAACUUGCUAAAGUCCUGAAGGUUCUCGGACGUACUGGGUCCCAGGGACAGUGCACACAGGUAUCCAUUAUUCGCAACGUUAAGGGCCCAGUCCGCGAGGGUGAUAUUUUGACACUUCUGGAGUCUGAGAGAGAAGCUAGAAGAUUAAGAUAA